AUUUAAUGGGCGUCACGUCUGGUAAUGCAAGUACUAUCAUAGAUUCUCCUUCAAUCUUUUUUCUCUUCAAACCUCCGCCGGCGCACUAUAUACUCCAACACCAUUUUAUAUUUCUUCCUUGCUCCGUGAUAGAACAGUGAUCCUGCCGCAGCCGCGGAACUAUAGCGGCACUAGGCUCUUCGUUAACUCUUCCCCCCUUCGGGCGGACUCCAUCACUAGCUCUUCGAUUUUCACGGGCGUGAAAGGAGGUCCGCUCUGUGCUGGAGUACGGGAGAAACUAAGCUGGAACAAGUGUACUGGCUUAGUCUUUCGUCGACUGAAAACUGAUUUUUCCCUUUCAGGGGGAUACCAAAGACAACGGGGUCUUCUACAGCUUUGGGUUUCUGUAUGAAUCGGUGACAGGGAUUAGCUACUAGGCCGAACUACACUGUGCAAUGGAUCUAUCAUAUACCAAAACAACAGAAGAAGUCUUAGGUUAUUUCGGUGUCGACGAAAAUGUUGGACUUAAUGAAGAGCAAGUAAAGAAGAACUUAGAGAAAUAUGGACCAAACGAACUGCCGGCGGAGGAAGGCAAGCCGCUGUGGGAACUUAUUUUGGAGCAAUUCGACGAUCUGCUGGUCAAGAUUUUACUUUUAGCUGCGGUGAUUUCCUUCGUACUGGCAUGGUUUGAAGAAGAUACUGAACAAGUGACAGCAUUUGUGGAACCCUUUGUCAUCCUGACCAUCUUGAUCUGUAAUGCCAUUGUUGGAGUGUGGCAGGAACGAAAUGCAGAGAGUGCCAUUGAAGCCCUUAAAGAGUAUGAACCCGAAAUUGCCAAAGUCAUACGCAGUGGCAUCAAGGGUGUUCAGAAGAUCAAAGCCAGCAACCUGGUUCCUGGUGACAUUGUUGAGGUCUCUGUGGGUGACAAAGUGCCAGCUGACAUCAGAAUUAUCAAAAUCAACUCCACCACCCUGAGAGUGGAUCAGUCCAUUUUGACAGGAGAAAGUGUGAGUGUAAUGAAACACACCGACCCCAUCCCAGACCCAAGGGCUGUAAACCAAGACAAGAAGAACAUCCUUUUCUCGGGAACCAACAUAGCGGCAGGAAAAUGCAGAGGUGUUGUGAUUGGAACCGGCUUGGCCACAGAAAUUGGCAAGAUUCGCAAUGAAAUGAUGGAUACAGAGCAAGAGAAGACCCCUCUGCAGCAAAAAUUGGAUGAGUUCAGCAAUCAGCUGUCUAAGGUUAUCACAAUCAUCUGCAUAGCUGUUUGGGCCAUCAACAUUGGCCACUUCAAUGACCCUGCUCAUGGUGGAUCUUGGAUCAAGGGUGCCAUCUACUACUUCAAGAUUGCUGUUGCCUUGGCUGUAGCUGCCAUCCCCGAGGGUCUGCCUGCUGUGAUCACCACUUGUUUGGCUCUUGGCACACGUCGUAUGGCCAAAAAGAAUGCCAUUGUGCGUAGCUUGCCAUCUGUGGAGACCCUGGGUUGUACAUCUGUCAUCUGCUCAGACAAGACUGGAACCUUGACCACAAAUCAGAUGUCUGUGUGCAAAGCCUUUAUCUUCAGCCAGAUUGAUACGAACCAGAUCAAGACAACACAGUUUGAGAUCACUGGGUCUACAUAUGCCCCAGAAGGAGAACUGUACCAGAAUGGAAAAAAAGUAAAGUCCAGUGAGUUCCCAGGUUUGGAAGAGCUGUGCACUAUUUGUGCCAUGUGCAAUGAUUCAAGUGUUGAUUACAAUGAGGCCAAAGACCAGUAUGAGAAAGUAGGAGAGGCCACGGAGACUGCACUGACAGUUCUGGUGGAGAAACUCAAUUUCUACAACACCGACAAGUCUGGUCUUAACAAACGUGAAAUGGGCACAGUCUGCAACCACAUAAUCCAGGACAUGUGGAGGAAAGAGUUUACGCUGGAGUUUUCCCGUGACCGCAAGUCCAUGAGUGUGUAUUGUGUUCCUAACAAGCCCACUCGCGUACCUGGUGGUGCUCGCAUGUUUGCAAAGGGAGCUCCUGAAGGUCUGCUAGACCGCUGCACACACGUGCGCAUUGGCCACAACAAGGUGCCCAUGUCUCCUGCCAUCAAAAAUGAGAUCAUGAAGCUGACUAAAAUCUACGGUACAGGGCGUGACACACUGCGUUGCUUGGCACUGGCCACCAUUGACAAUCCUCCUCGCCGUGAAGACAUGGAUCUAGAAGACUCCCGCAAAUUCAUUGAGUAUGAGACCAACAUGACAUUUGUGGGAGUGGUAGGCAUGCUGGAUCCCCCUCGAGAAGAGGUCCAGGAGUCCAUUCGUCGUUGCCGUGAUGCUGGCAUUCGUGUCAUCGUCAUCACUGGUGACAACAAGGCUACUGCUGAAGCCAUUUGCCGCCGCAUUGGAAUCUUUACUGAAAAUGAAAACACAGAAGGCAUGUCUUACACUGGCCGUGAGUUUGAUGAGCUUUCUCCAGAAGACCAGCGAGCAGCAGUGAUGAGAGCACGUCUUUUUGCCCGAGUAGAGCCUGCACACAAGAGCAAGAUUGUGGAGUACUUACAAUCUGAGGGAGAGAUCUCAGCCAUGACAGGUGAUGGUGUGAACGAUGCUCCAGCACUCAGGAAGGCUGAGAUUGGUAUUGCCAUGGGAUCCGGAACAGCUGUGGCCAAAUCUGCUGCAGAGAUGGUGUUGGCAGACGAUAACUUUUCAACCAUUGUGUCAGCUGUAGAGGAGGGGCGAGCUAUUUACAACAACAUGAAACAGUUCAUUCGCUACUUGAUUUCCUCCAACAUUGGAGAAGUAGUUUGCAUUUUCCUCACAGCUGCCCUUGGCAUCCCAGAAGCUUUAAUUCCAGUGCAGCUUUUGUGGGUCAACUUGGUGACAGACGGAUUCCCAGCCACUGCCCUCGGAUUUAACCCCCCUGAUCUCGACAUUAUGAAAAAACCACCCCGCAAUCCUCGUGAAAGCCUUAUCACUGGCUGGCUUUUCUUCCGUUAUAUGGCCAUUGGAAUCUAUGUCGGUUGUGCCACCGUGGGAGCUGCAGCAUGGUGGUUCAUGUUGUAUGAUAAAGGCCCACGUCUUAACUACUACCAGCUAACACAUCAUAUGCAGUGUCCAGCUGAGCCUCGGAUGUUCAAGGGCGUCAACUGUGACAUCUUCCAGGCCCCAGAACCCAUGACUAUGGCACUAUCUGUUUUAGUAACCAUUGAAAUGCUAAACGCCUUAAACAGCUUGAGUGAGAAUCAGUCUCUGACGGUCAUGCCUCCUUGGAUUAACAAGUGGCUGGUGGGCGCCAUCUGUCUUUCCAUGAUUCUUCAUUUCCUCAUCCUUUAUGUCGAUGUCAUGUCCGUCAUAUUCCAGAUCACACCUCUCAGUUUGGAGGAGUGGGUGGCUGUGCUCAAGAUCUCCAUACCAGUCAUUAUCCUGGAUGAGACUCUCAAGUUUGUCGCCCGCAAGUUCGCCGACGAUUACCCAGGCUUCUUUUGAGGACGCCCUUACCAAGCCAGUGCAGCCGACCACACCUCUGCUGUUCCAGUUGAAAAGAUGCCUGUGAACCUUCCGAGGAGGCUGAACUGGUAAUGCAAGAUGGCGGCCAGCAUGUGCAGAAGACAAGGUGCCCUCUGUAGGCCAGAAAGUAGUUUUCGUUAUCAUCCCUCACGGAUUGGAGGCAGGACAGGUUGCCAUCAUUUCUGUCCACGAUAUCAUACCUUCCCCCUUUCCCUUCAAGUUGUGGCUUUCCGUCUGGAGAAGAGAUACCCCUUCUUUGGAUUUAUUCCCCCUGAAGAUAUUUUCGGGAUUUUUCGAGACUAUGCUCCCCACAGUGUGCAGAUUACGCCCCUUUAAAAUCGUCGAUGUGUUCACAUAACAGCAAAAUAAACAACCAAAAAACAAGGGGAAAAGAACUACCAUGCCAGGAACAGCAGAGAUGGCUUCAAGAAUCAUGGAGUUGUGUGUUGUGUAUACCAGCAUCAUGAUUGGAGAUAGUUGUGAAUGCUUGUCUCAGUGCAAUUUUUUUUCUCUGAAUCUGGUAAAAAUGAUGAUGUUACUGUGGUGUCCAGCGAGCUGCUCCCAAUCUUCAUUUUGAGCAUGGCCGUGUGAAUGGUUUUUUUUUUUCUUUUCGAAAACAUUGAACAUCAAUCAGGUCAGAGACAAGCAGUGAGAGGAAGUCCGAGACAAAAAUGUGUUGGUAGCUAGGUUAUCUUCAGCAUGUGCCUGUGUGACCUCACCCUAAAUAUCUUGUUCACAUUGGAACGAUCAUGAACACGAUGGUGUUUGCUCGUCCACGUUUUAAUGUGAACAAGUAUCUUCUCAUCUGCUAUGUUGGCUUUUCACAUGUGAACAAAGCAGGAGAUCACAAGUGUUUUGCAGUCAGUGCUGUGUUCCCACGUGAGAACCCAGGUUUAGACAUGGCAGGAUUCAUUAUAUAUGACCUUAGAAUUCUCUGUUCAAAAGUUUUGCGUGUUGUUACUGGAGCAAAUGAAUGGCAGAUGCGUUGUCAGUGUAAGAGUUGGAGUAACAUCGUGCACAUUCUCAUAUCUCUCGGCUGCAUGUGAUUCUUGAAUAUCUGGCAAUGUUUUGAAUGUAAGAAGUGAAAAGAGUAGGAGAAAAUUUUCAGUAUUUUAAACAAUGUUUUGUUAUUAGUUCUGUCCACAUCGUUCAUUUUUGCUAUGCUCAUACAAGAAUUAUAGAAUCAGAAUUACCAAAGUACAAAACUACCUUAAUAACUAACAGCUGAACCACAAAAUAAUUAUUGUAAAGAAAAUAAUCCGAAUGAUAACUUUUGGCAAGAAUUUGUGGAUCAAAAAGUUUUUUUGGGCCACAAAAACUAUUUUGAAUUGUGAACCUAUGCUUGAAGCAUUGUUGUAACCUGGAACAGGUGGAUAUUAGAAGAUAUCCAUCAGCAGUAAUUUCUCAGGAAGAUGUAGGCAAAGAUAAAAUCAGAUAAUGCAAUAAUUUUUAUUUGAUUUUGUGUGCAUCAUUUAUUGCACAGGGUUCUAGCAGCCUUAGAAAUAACAUAAUUCUUGUUGCAGUUGGUGAUGUGAAACAGGUGACUAUGCAUUCAGAAUUAAAGUGACAUGGAUGUCUUUAUAAAAAGGAUAGAUUAGUUCUAAACUUUAAGGUUUGAAGUAGAAGAGGGAAAAGGGCAGGAAGGGUGGGGCAAGAGAAAAUAGUAAAAUUAAAGUUGGUCAAGGAUAUGUGAUAGUGCUUGGAGACUUAAGAACUACUGGAAUAGUGCCAGACACGAUGAUGUGGCCAGGAAGUGAAAAAUCGGGGCUUGUGGCAAGAAUAUUAAGUUGGGGGAUAGGGGUUUGAAGCUGUUCACCUCCCCCAGCCCACAAAUCGCUUAUGCAGAUGUGUGGAUGUUUUGCUGGAGCCCAGUGGCAAUACAUCACUAAUGAGGCUAUCACACUUUAAAAGCAGAGAUUUAUUCUCCUUUCGAUGAAGUGGUUAACCCUAACCCCUUGACCUUCCCACCUAUCUCUCCGCAUCCAGCGAUGUACACCUCAUCCUUCCAGGUUGUCAUCAGUUUGAAUGAUGGUCAAAUGUGUAUUUAAUAUUUUGUGCCGGGAAGUUAGUUUUGCAACCUCCCCACCUCCCCAACUGCAUUUCCACGUGUCCUUGUUUUAAAACUUGCAUUUUCUUUUUGUGUGUGGUGAAUGUAGAAUUUUCAGAUUAUUUAUGCUGUUUCCAAGACAGCUAUGAGACAGGCCUGUUGAUUAUAGUUUUAUUUGUAACCUAAUUUUUCGCCAAUCUUUAAUUUUCACACUCUUAGAUUUUUUUUGUUUUGUAAUUCACCCUUUCAUUUUUUUUUUAAUAAAUCAAGCGUGUGUGUGAUGUAAAUCCCGGUUAGCCUUUCUAGUAGAGCGGGCAGGCAUGGUCGAAAAAGAGAGACACCACAUCACCUCUGGGUUAGCGAUGUGGUUAACAUUAUUUAAGUAAUGUUUAUCAGUAAUUAAAUUUUUAGGCUUUUAGCAUCAAGCACAUAUGUGAUUUAUUCAAAGGCAUGUGCAAAUAAUUUAAAAGAAAAACAAGAGUCUCAGCAAUUUGUCAUCAAGCAUGGAUCUCAUGACUGAAGUUUUAAAAUAAGUCUAUGGUCAGUGAAGUUUGUUGGAUUAUGCCUGGUACAUUCUCAGUAGUCUCGUAGUCACUGGUGUGAUUUAGGCCGAGAUCCAAGCAUUUGUAAUUUCCUAUAGAAAAA